AUGACAGCCUCUUCGCAAAACUCAUGCUUAAAUAGCUUCGAUAUUCGCAAACCAAGUGCGGAUUCUGCUAAAGAAGGUCCAAGUGGUUCCUCUCGACAACCAGCUUUCAAUGCAUAUCCCCUUGAAUCUUCACCUAAUUUGCUUAUUCCAACAAAUGAUGUGAUAUAUAUGCCAUUAAAUCCCACAAAUGUGCCUUUGUCGCUACAACGUGCAUGUGCCUCCAAUGAGACUGUAGGCGGUGAUACACAGAGUUACAGUCAUCCAAUAUGUCAUGGCUUCAUUUUUCCAAACUCAGAAGUAAGUUCAAAUGAUGCUGAAUUUAACCAGAUAAACAUUCCGAGUAUGCAAAAUCAUAUCAAUGAUGUUCCUUACAGUAUACAGAGCCAGAGUUCGAGCAACGUGGACACAAAUGCUCAAAAACAUCUUCAACUCCUGUUGCUUCAAAAGUUAAUUGAGUUGCAGCUUGCCGAACAUUAUAACUCAAUUAAAGACACACUAAUACUAACUAAAGACUCCAAUAAUGAGUCUCAAAACCCUAAACUACUGCCAUGUUUUGUCAAAAACUUUGACUUUGAUGCAAGUUCCAACCCAGUUUCAACUGUAAAUAACGAAAACUCAGAUAUGUCGACAUUUUUGGUCCCUGUUAAAGCCAAGUUUGAGGGCGAAAGUGUCUUAUAUCCAUUUUCUGUUCAACAAGAUAAUUCUACGGAAGAUACAUUCCCAGCCAGCCAAGCCGUGCCUGAUGCGUCCCCAGGUGGACCAACUGCUCAAACAUUUACGAUGAAGGACAUAGAUCACUGUAUACGGAGAGGUUCUCUGGAUUUCCCUUCUGAGCCAAGCAAUGACAUAGUUGAGAGUAUACGAGGUCGUACGAGACCAGGGUUUGUAUUGUUAAGCGUUCGGCAUGAAAAAAUCAACGCAGAAAAUAAGAUUUCACCAACUUCUGAGAAACAUUUCCAGGGGAGUCAUCCUCCUAUUUCAACAUCAGCCAGUCUUGAAACAAAGAAGUCGAAAAGUGUCACCAUGUCUAGAAAACUACCUAGAAAGAGAUUGAAGCAUAUGAAAAGCGAUGCAGAACUCAAAAAGCGACCCCUAAGAGGUUCGUCUAAAUCUCUCCUAAAACGCUCUGAAAACGCUGAAAUGUCUCCGACUCCGGUAGAACUUACGGAGGAUGAUCUUAAAGCUUUAUCUCCACAGUCAAGAUUUCGAGUGACUAGGUUCGCAGACAAAAAGCAAGCCUGGAUAGCUCCUGCAAAGGCAGGAUUCACUGUCCAUGAUUUAUGGACAACUAAACUUCCGGAAUAUGUGUUAAGAUGUGCCGAGCACCUAAAACUAUCAGGCUCUGGUUUAAACUUACAACAAGAAAAACUUACUGAAAUCCCAUAUUCGUUGGACGACAUUAUAAACGGACAUUGUUUGGCCUGUGAGAAGUCACCUCCUAAAUAAUACAAUUAGAUUAUGAGACGGAAAGUUGCUUGGUUUACUGUCAUUCUUUCAGAUAAAUACAAUAGCAGAAGAAGUUAUUUGUUAUAUAGUUUUUAUUUCCAAACCGAUUCAACAAUUUUUUUUUUGGUCUUUUUAAAUUGAUUUCUAGAAUUCAGAUACUUAAAUGUAUGUUGUCAAGAGUAUUUGCUCAAAAAAAUAAUAAAUAAUAAAUUAUACAUCUAAAUAAUAUGCUUCAAAAGUGAUGAAUUUUGUUAUCCUUUUAUUUCAUGUUCUUUAUAUACAGUAAAUUGGUACCAUACAAUAUAAAACCUAUAUGCAUAAUGAAUUUAAAUUUAUUUUUUAAGCUCCUUGAAUAUUUCUUCUUUUCUAUUGAUGAUGUAAUUGUUCUUUAAGCAUUAUCUAUUGGAUAGAUGAAGAAAGAGUAAGAUGAUUACUUUUAAACAUUUCAAUAAAUUCAAUGUAUGAAUUCUAUAGACUACUUAUAUAAUGUCAAUAUAUUUAUUUUAAUAUGGUAAAUAUAUUAUUUUAUUAGAUGUAAUAUUUUCUUUUUAUUAUUAUUAUGAUUAUGAUUAUUGUCUUUCAAUAAGUCUUUGAUUUUUCAUAUUUUGAUUUCCGAAGAAAAAACUUUUUUUUUCAUAUAUAUGUACACGAUUGUAUAGAUUGACAAUAACUUCGUUGAAAAGAGAUCCUUUCGCUGAAAUUUGUGGUUUUUAAUUCUUCAGUGAAUUUCUUUCUUUUUUUUCUUCUUGUUCUUCUUCUAGACUCAUAGAUAAAUUGUAUUUAAAAUAAAAUAAAGAAUUUCCCUAAUAUUACAGAUUAUCAACUUAUUAAGAUGAUAAUUGUAUUAUAUAUGAAUCCAAUGUACAAAUUAUGAAAUAAUU